GGACGAUCAUUUGUAAUUUUUGGUUACUUGAUUUGACACAUUGAUUGUGACUCGUGUUCUGUUCUAAACUUGUCAAAGUAAUGUGAAUAAAUACUGGGACAUUAAUAAUACAAGCAUUAUGGCUGAUCCGACAGCAAAUUGGGGGAGCAUCCCACAGGAAAAUGAAUUUUCAAACUUCCCUGCUAAUGACAGCUUCAAUUUAAAUGAAAUGACUGGCUUUGAUGAAUUGCUGACAAACUGCGAAAGUGAAUUAUUGAAGAAUGAGAAUCUGUUCAGCGAUGAGACAUUAUUGUCUCAAUUAGAAGAGCCAAUACCAAUGGACGACGACACUUUUGAUUUUCUCAGUAUGAAUAAUCGCAGAGAUUUCAAAGAUUCCACAAUCGUUUCAGCUACGGGUACAAAACCUAUCGUGGCACCAACAUCUUCAUCCCGGGCUCAGCGCCCAACUCCCUGCCCACCUGAAACCAUUCAAGUGCAAACUACACCACAAAGAAUAUCUGUUUCUCAAGCUCCUACCGUCUUCAGCUCUCAGUAUACUAUUCCGCAAAAUAUGAAUUUCAACAUUCAGUCUCCUGUUGUCACUUUGGCGCCUGUGCCUGCGCAGCAAAGGCAACUUCUAUUUCCAGCUAAAUUAAUCAAGUCUGAGUCAGUCGUUUACUCAGCAGGAUCGCAGGCAAUUACUUCAACUCCGGUGCAACACCAAAUACACACACUUGUCAAUACGGCCAAUGGAACUGUACUUGCGACUGGAAUCCCAGUUGUUCUGGAUACUGAAAAAGUGCAAAUCAACAGAAUCAAUUCUGGAGCUCAUGUGGGAGGGGUACCUAGAGUAAAAGAAGUCAAACGGAGUGCUCAUAAUGCAAUCGAGCGGCGGUACAGGACUUCCAUCAAUGAUAAGAUUAUCGAAUUGAAAAAUAUUAUUGUUGGUGUUGAUGCUAAGCUAAACAAAUCGGCAAUAUUGCGAAAAACUAUCGAUUAUAUCAGAUUCCUUCAGAACACCAAUGACAAGUUAAAGGCAGAAAAUAUGGCUCUGAAAAUGGCUGAACAGAGACAAAAUCUACGAGAACUCCUGGUUUGUGGGGAGUUGACGCCUCCCCGGUCUGAUAGCAGUGAGCCAUCCCUCUCACCUGCUCCAGUAUCGCCUUCACCAUCAUCUCCUUCUUCCCUAAAGGAUGACACUGAGUCUUUGCACAGUAUGCAUUCAUCGGUAUCAACGACCAGGGGUAUGAGAGAUCAUACCCGUCUGACAUUGUGUGCCUUUUUAUUUGUUGUUUUGGCCUUCAAUCCGCUAGGACUUGUCAUGAGCAACAUGCGUAGAUUGAACUUCGACUAUUCUAGCACAAAACUGGAUGGACGAACAAUACUCCAGUAUCAGGAUUCAUCAGAUUCAGAAACAGGAAUUUGGACGGGCAUAUUUAUGUGGUUGAUCAAUGUUGUUUUGUUAAUCUGUGGAUUGAGUCGAUUGCUGCUGUACGGUGAUCCUAUGCUACCCUUUGACAGUAAAGCUACACUCGAAUUGCGCCGCUGGAAACGGCAGGCGGAAUUUAAUAUUUCAAAACAGAAUUAUGACCAGGCUUAUCGAGACCUUUGCCAAUGUUUGAGAUGCUUCGGACGUACAUUGCCAUCUAAUCGUAUGGAGAUAUUUCUUGCUACUGUUUGGCAAGUUGUGAGACAAAUUUUACAUAAAUUAUGGCUUGGCAAGUGGGUUUCCCAAUUGGGAAAAUUUUUCAAUGACAAGUCGGAAAGACAGCAAGCACAAAUCUCUUGUCUAGAAUUGGCCGUUGUCUACCAGCACAUGCUCUGUCUAAGACUCUCUCAAGGAUCUACUGAGGCAACACUAUUUCUUGCACUUUCAUCGGUCAAUUAUGGAGAAGCAGCGGAAGAAGGGAUUCCCAAAUCAUUGAUGGCUGAAAUUUACAUCAAUGCAGCACUUUGCUUCAAACAAGCUUUAUUUCCGUAUAUUCACAAAUACUACCUUGGCAAGGCCCGGGCAUUGUUGACGUUAUGCACGAUACCCGUGAAGCUGAAAUGGGUCAUGAGUGUAGAGGGAACUCGCUUUUUAGCUUCUCAGAAAUGGCAAUAUGGCGAACAAUUGGACUGUGAAUUCAGUUCCCAAUGCAGCAAAGCCGAUCCUCUAUCAUAUGCAGCCCGAGCUUACCGGGAGCGGUUAAUCAGUCAGAGUUUACGCCUUUUGACAGGUACUGCGGAGGAUAUUCAUGCAUCUACGGUUCUUGAACUUGCUCAAAGCAUUAUGUCAUCAGCGGAGGUUGAACCCUACUUUGUUAGUGACGAUAAACUCACUGUAACUAGAUGUGAAGACGAGAUUGGAUUGUGGUGGGGUGCAGUCAUCUAUGUUGCUGCAAGUUGGAGGUUGGGAGAGGAUGAUCAGGUAGCAUGGAGCAUCUUGGAGAGUCGCUUUCCGUUUGAUAAGAAUCGUCAGCCAGCCAGUACAAGUACUGGCAACAACAGUACCAACCCUCUGCCCCACGCAGUUCUUUUUGCGCUACAGGCACGACGUUCAACCAGAAGAACAGCCAUGAGAUUGGUCGAUCAGGCGGGAAUGCUGUUGGAUCAUUCUAUGGCGUAUUAUAACUGCAAACAGCAAUCGUCUCAAAAUACUUUGCUGACUCAGUUGUUGGUGUGUGACGCUCUUCUAGAGGUGCGCACCACAUUGUGGCAAGAGAUUGAAAGUGAAAUGAGUAGGCCAGUGGCAGGUCAUACCCUUGCUGGUUUUCAACGAGAUUUGGCACGACUACGUCAACUUUGCCAACAUCUCCCGUCUGUGUUAACGAGAGUAUUCCUCUAUGAAGCAACAGCACGGAUUAUGGCAGGAGCUGCUCCUGUGAGGACCCAAAUUUUGCUAGAUCGCAGUCUUCGGCAUCGGAAUAUGCGUCCAUCGGUGAUUUGUGGAAAGGAUCGAUCUCAAGAACAGGGCAGUGGGGAACGAGAGCAUGCAGCUGCUCUGUAUUUGGCUUGCCGUCACCUACCUACCCUGCUAUUAGCUUCACCCGGUGAACGUGCCGGAAUGCUCGCUGAAGCAGCAAAAACUCUGGAAAGGAUUGGGGAUCAGAAACGCCUCCAAGAGUGCUAUGAACUUAUGCGGCAAUUAGGUCCUGCAAUAUCUGUUAAUUAAACCGCUGAAAAUGUAAUCACUAUUUUCUGUUCUUAUAUUAUUCUGAACUUUUCUAUCAACUUAUUUAAUACACUAUUCGAUUGCUCAUUGUACAUACAUACAUUCAUACAUACAUACAUACAUACCAGAAGUAAUCAAUGUUUCCCAUGUUCUUUAAUAAAAAUCGAGUAAAUAUG